AUGAGAAUAAUCUUCAUCGCCGCCGCACUUUUCGCCAUCGCCGCCGCUCUGCCGGGUAUGUCCUGACGACACGACCGACAUCAUCAAAAGUACAACCUUUUCAGUCAAGCGUCAGGCUCAAAACUCGUACGGAGACGAGGCCCCAGCCGCACCGGCUCCGGCCCCGGCCGCCGAGCCAGCACCAGUCGAGCAAGCCGUCGAGCCAGUCGCCCAGGAGGCCGCUGCACCAGAAGCCCCGGCUCAGGAUUCCGGAUACAGAGCCAAGAGACAAACCCAGAACUCUUAUGGAGACGAGGCCCCAGCCGCCCCAGCCGCCGCCGCUCCGGAGCAAUCGUUCGCCGCCGAGCCAGCCGCACCAGUGGAGCAAGCCGCCGAGCCAGUCGCCCAAGAGGAGGCCGCCCCAGAGGCUCCAGCUCAGGAGUCUGGAUACAGAGCCAAGAGACAAGCCCAGAACUCUUACGGAGACGAGGCCCCAGCUGCUCCGGCCCCGGCCCCGGCCGCCGAGCCCGCCGCUGCUCCAGUUGCCGAGCCAGCACCAGUCGAGCAAGCCGCCGAGCCAGUCGCCCAGGAGGAAGCCGCCCCAGAAGCCCCGGCCCAGGAGUCUGGAUACAGAUCUAAGCGCCAGGCUCAGAACUCGUACGGAGAUGAGGCCCCAGCCGCCCCGGCCCCGGCCCCAGCCGCCGAGCCAGUCGCUGCCGAGCCAGUCGCCGCCGAGCCAGCGCCAGUUGAGCAAGCCGCCGAGCCAGUUGCCCAGGAAGCCGCCGCGCCAGAGGCCCCAGCCCAGGAGUCCGGCUACAGAGCCAAGAGACAAACCCAGAACUCGUACGGAGACGAGGCACCAGCCGCACCGGCUCCGGCCCCAGCCGCCGAGCCAGCACCAGUUGAGCAAGCCGCCGAGCCAGUCGCCCAAGAGGAGGCCGCCCCAGAAGCCCCAGCUCAGGAGUCCGGAUACAGAUCUAAGCGCCAGGCUCAGAACUCGUACGGAGACGAGGCGCCAGCCGCCCCGGCCCCGGCCGCCGAGCCAGUCGCCGCCGAGCCAGCCGCACCAGUCGAGCAAGCCGCCGAGCCAGUCGCCCAGGAGGAGGCCGCCCCAGAAGCCCCAGCUCAGGAGUCUGGAUACAGAGCCUAA